AUGCCCCGGCAAGGCUUAGUUUCGUGCACCUGCUGGCUCGCAUGUUUCGUUCUGACGCCCAUCUCCGCGUGGGACGAGGCGGAGAGGAUGCGUCGAUUCUGUCAGCGUCACAGAGGCUACGCCGCCGCGCGGAACCCAGGAGACUUGAACGCGACGUUCGAGCCGAUAUUGAGGGGCGAGGUUUUCCAGGAGUACUCGCCGAGGAUACACAGCACUGACCCGUGGGUCGUGUACUUCGAGGAACUUCUCUCGGAGGCGGAGGUGCAGGCCCUUGAAGCGAACAUGUUCGACCACAAGGCGCAGGAGUUUUUCAGGAGCGGCGGCGGGGUAGAUGGGCGGCAUCAGUACAGGAACUCGGAGACAGCCAUGUGCGAAGGCCGGUGCGACGAGGACCCCAGCAUCCGGCGUCUCCGCGAAAGGGCAUCGAAAAUCUCAAGGGCUCCAGUGGAGAAUUUUGCAUUGUCCGAGGCCUUGCGCUACAGAGAUGGCAUGUUUACAAGGAACACCACGACAACGGAUUCAUCUUCCACUACCUUCCGUGCGGGGCUCGGAUAUACACUUGGUUCGUAUAUUUGUCAGGAGACGGCCUGGAAGGCGGCGCCACCUUCUUCCCGAGGCUGGACGUGA